AUGUUGACUGACCCGAGACAGACAUAUACACCAAACCAGAUACAGACAUAUACACCAAAACCGGAUACAGACAUAUACACCAAACCAGAGACAGACAUAUACACCAAACCAGAGACAGACAUACACACCAAAACCGGAUACAGACAUAUACACCAAACCAGAGACAGACAUACACACCAAAACCAGAGACAGUCAUAUACACCAAACCAGAGACAGACAUACACACCAAACCAGAGACAGUCAUAUACACCAAACCAGAGACAGACAUACACACCAAAACCGGAUACAGACAUAUACACCAAACCAGAGACAGACAUAUACACCAAACCCAGAGACAUACAUAUACACCAAAACCAGAAACAGACAUAUACACCAAACCAGAGACACACAUAUGCAUCAAACCAGAGACAGACAUAUACACCAAACCAGAGACAGACAUACACACCAAAACCAGAGACAGACAUACACACCAAACCAGAGACAGACAUAUACACCAAACCAGAGACACACAUAUACACCAAAACCAGAAACAGACAUAUACACCAAAACCAGAAACAGACAUAUACACCAAACCAGAGACACACAUAUGCAUCAAACCAGAGACAGACAUAUACACCAAAACCAGAGACGGACAUAUACACCAAACCGGAUACAGACAUAUACACCAAACCAGAGACAGUCAUAUACACCAAACCAGAGACAGACAUACACACCAAAACCAGAGACAGACAUAUACACCAAAACCAGAGACGGACAUGUACACCAAAACCGGAUACAGACAUAUACACCAAACCAGAGACAGACAUAUACACCAAAACCAGAAACAGACAUAUACACCAAAACCAGAAACAGACAUAUACACCAAAACCAGAGACAGACAUAUACACCAAACCAGAGACAGACAUAUACACCAAAACCAGAAACAGACAUAUACACCAAAACCGGAUACAGACAUAUACACCAAAACCAGAGACGGACAUAUACACCAAAACCGGAUACAGACAUAUACACCAAACCAGAGACAGACAUAUACACCAAACCAGAGACAGACAUACACACCAAAACCGGAUACAGACAUAUACACCAAACCAGAGACAGACAUAUACACCAAACCAGAGACAGACAUACACACCAAAACCAGAGACAGACAUAUACACCAAAACCAGAAACAGACAUAUACACCAAAACCAGAGACGGACAUAUACACCAAAACCGGAUACAGACAUAUACACCAAACCAGAGACAGACAUAUACACCAAACCAGAGACAGACAUACACACCAAAACCAGAGACAGACAAAUACACCAAACCAGAGACAGACAUACACACCAAACCAGAGACAGACAUACACACCAAAACCAGAGACAGACAUAUACACCAAAACCGGAUACAGACAUAUACACCAAACCAGAGACAGACAUAUACACCAAAACCAGAGACAGACAUAUACACCAAACCAGAGACAGACAUAUACACCAAACCAGAGACAGACAUACACACCAAAACCAGAGACAGACAUACACACCAAAACCAGAGACAGACAUAUACACCAAACCAGAGACAGACAUACACACCAAAACCAGAGACAGACAUAUACACCAAAACCGGAUACAGACAUAUACACCAAACCAGAGACAGACAUAUACACCAAAACCAGAGACAGACAUAUACACCAAACCAGAGACAGACAUAUACACCAAACCAGAGACAGACAUAUACACCAAAACCGGAUACAGACAUAUACACCAAACCAGAAACAGACAUAUACACCAAAACCAGAAACAGACAUAUACACCAAAACCGGAUGCAGACAUAUACACCAAACCAGAGACAGACAUAUACACCAAAACCGGAUACAGACAUAUACACCAAACCAGAGACAGACAUAUACACCAAAACCAGAGACGGACAAAUACACCAAACCCAGAGACAUACAUAUACACCAAACCCAGAGACAUACAUAUACACCAAACCCAGAGACAGACAUAUACACCAAAACCAGAAACAGACAUAUACACCAAAACCGGAUACAGACAUAUGCAUCAAACCAGAGACAGACAUAUACACCAAAACCAGAAACAGACAUAUACACCAAAACCGGAUACAGACAUAUGCAUCAAACCAGAGACAGACAUAUACACCAAACCCAGAGACAGACAUAUACACCAAAACCAGAAACAGACAUAUACACCAAAACCGAAUACAGACAUAUGCAUCAAACCAGAGACAUACAUAUACACCAAACCCAGAGACAUACAUAUACACCAAAACCAGAGACAGACAUAUACACCAAACCAGAGACACACAUAUGCAUCAAACCUGAGACAGACAUAUACACCAAAACCGGAUACAGACAUAUACACCAAAACCAGAGACAGACAUAUACACCAAACCAGAGACAUACAUAUACACCAAAACCGGAUACAGACAUAUACACCAAACCAGAGACAUACAUAUACACCAAAACCGGAUACAGACAUAUACACCAAACCAGAGACAGACAUAUACACCAAAACCAGAGACGGACAUAUACACCAAAACCGGAUACAGACAUAUACACCAAAACCAGAAACAGACAUAUACACCAAACCAGAGACAUACAUAUACACCAAAACCGGAGACGGACAUAUACACCAAACCAGAGACAGACAUAUACACCAAAACCAGAGACGGACAUAUACACCAAAACCGGAUACAGACAUAUACACCAAAACCAGAAACAGACAUAUACACCAAAACCAGAGACGGACAUAUACACCAAAACCGGAUACAGACAUAUACACCAAACCAGAGACAGACAUAUACACCAAAACCAGAAACAGACAUAUACACCAAAACCGGAUACAGACAUAUGCAUCAAACCAGAGACAGACAUAUACACCAAAACCAGAAACGGACAUAUACACCAAAACCGGAUACAGACAUAUACACCAAACCAGAGACAGACAUAUACACCAAAACCAGAAACGGACAUAUACACCAAAACCGGAUACAGACAUAUACACCAAACCAGAAACAGACAUAUACACCAAAACCGGAUACAGACAUAUGCAUCAAACCAGAGACAGACAUAUACACCAAAACCAGAAACAGACAUAUACACCAAACCAGAGACACACAUAUGCAUCAAACCAGAGACAGACAUAUACACCAAAACCAGAGACGGACAUAUACACCAAACCGGAUACAGACAUAUACACCAAACCAUAA